AUGUCCUUUCUUCAUACGCAUUCCAGUGAAUGUUUAAAGAGUGAACUCGAUCUUUUCACCCUGCCGCCUAUACAAACCAGCAUUGAGAGUUUACAAUGGAUUCACUACAAACCCGUGUCUUCUCUCACGGACGACGCGCCCAUCGAAUUCGUCGUACCCGGGCAUGGAGAAGAAUACAUAGAUCUUGCUCACACCAUACUGUCGCUACGCAUACGAGUAGAAACGGAAACCGGAGCAGGAGCCGCAGGCGCAAAAGUAGGCCCAGUAAACCAUAUACUGCAUUCGAUGUUCAAUCAAAUCGACGUAUAUUUCAACCAAAAGUUCGUGUCUCCUCCAAACAAUGCUUAUACUUACCGCGCUUACAUAGAGGCGUUAUUAAAUUAUGCUUCACCAGUAAAAAUCUCCCACCUGGCUUCGUGCCUGUGGUACAACGAUACGGCGGAAAACAUGGACGCUCUACCGGUAGCGACACCAUGCAAUCACGGACUUGACAAGCGAGCCGAUUUUAUACAAGGAGGACGAACACUGGAUCUCAUAGGUCAUCUUCACUGCGACGUCUUCAAUCAAGAUAAAUUCUUGAUCAACGGUGUCGAAGUGCGCAUGAGGCUUGUUCGUUCGAAAGAUUCCUUCUGUCUUAUGGAAGGAAAUACUAUGUCACGGAUAAGCGUUUUGGAUGCUACAUUACUCAUCAGAAGAGCUAGAAUAAAUCCAGGCAUAUUACUCGCUCAUACAUAA